AUGACCGCCGGCGACGUGCAACCGCGCCGCUGCGCGGUCUACUCCGACCGCGUCGCCCUGCCCCAAGGUGUCCAGGCCGCCACGAUUACCGUAGAGGACGGUGUUAUAGCACGUAUUGAGUCCGGACGCGUGCCGCCUCCGAAUGACGUCGAGUUUGUGGAUUGCGGCGCCUGCGCUCUUUUACCAGGUCUCAUCGAUGUCCUGAGAGGCUCUGAUGUUUAUGAAAGCGCCGUCGAAGGAGGCUUUUCGACAGUAGUCCACCUCCCUUCGAGGUUCGGGGGCCCGGAACUCCAGAAUGACGAGCCGCUGCUCUGUGACGUCGUAAUAGCCGGUAGGGCCACCUCAUCCUACAUCCCCGUCGUCGCGGAAGUCCCGACCUUGGCCCCCUGCGACGAUGUAAAUGGUGCCACAACCGACGAGACGUGGCUCCAGGCCCAGGCCCGCCCCGGCGUCCUCGGAAGUCGCUUCGACCUUUACUGUUUGAGGUGACGCGUCGACGGCGUCGAGGUGGCGCCACGGAGACGCCGUCGACGCCAUCGACGCGACGUCGUCAGAGCAGCGCAGUCACGCGUCGCCGUCCGCAGGCCGAGGCGCGCGUCCUCGUGACCGACGUCGUAAAAUUGACCGACGGAGAACGGGACCUCGCUAGUCCGUUCCACCACGUGCCUGUUGCUGAUAGGCCUCGGGCCGCCAGCCCGAUGGCGCGCCUGCCGCUCUGUGAGCUCGACGGCGCCCAAGAAUCACCUUCUCGUAGAUUGAGAAAACAACAGUCCAGUGAAGACGAAGAUCCGUGGGUCCAGUCCCUACUGCAAGCGGAGUUAGCCUCCUACGCCUACGAGGCUCCUGAAAGCCCGAAGCCCUCCGUGUCGUUUGCGCCGCUCACCUCGCCAGCCCUCAAACGCUCCCAGACCGUGCCCAACCCCCAGAGAUUGGUACCUUGUGCUGUGAGAAGACCGACCUUCCCGCCCUCGUCUCCCGAACGGGCGGUCUUCGUGCGGACGCCGUCGCUAGGCCAGCUCGUCAAAGACGUGUCCAAGAUUACGUGUCCGGUGCUACCGCCGCCGCCGCUACGUCCUAGAGCUCAAUCGGAGCCGUCGUCACCUUCUCACCAUGAGGUCAUUCCUCGGUCCGUGUCAGCAACUAUAAGGCAGCCGCGCUUCGCGCGGAGACGGCCGCGCGAGAUUUCGAUCUUCAAGGACACGGACGACAACACGCGACGAGCCAUUCGGAGGGACUACUCGUUGCUAGCGAGGGCGCAUCCUUCUCGCUCACAAGCUCGCGGUUUAAGAUGGCUCCUCUCGAGAAGAGUGAAGAACGCGUCGCGGUUACAUAUCACUGAUGUAGCGGCAGCGCAAACAGUGGGCGCCUUGCAGCACGUGCCGGAAGACCUAAAGCCGACGGCUGCGACAUCGACGUUGUACCUACUCCUAGCCGCGGAAGAGGUCCCGAACGGGGCCACGCGCUUCAAAUUCGCGCCCCCCUUGCGCCACUCGGGCCACCAAACUGCUUUAUGGGACGCGUUGCGGGAUGGCACGUUGCAGUGUAUCCAUUCGGGGACGGACGCCGUCGCUCCGGAGUUGAAAUGUUCCGAGAGUGGUGACUUCGCGCGCGCGGCGCCGGGCACGUGUGCAAGAGUGGCCGCCGACGCGUUACCCGCUCUCUGGGCCCGGGCAUUGAGCGAGGGCUUCUCCCUGACCGAUGUGGCGAAGUGGCUCUCCACCAAUACAGCUGCUGCGCUGGGUCUGUCGCAGUACGGUACUAUAGCUAUAGGCAAGUGCGCGUCGUUCUGCGUGUUCGACGCCGAGGCGGCGUCGUCGGCGUCGUCCGACGCUUUGAAGGGCGUGCCUACGCUAGGACGCGUCGAGGCGACCUUCGUGCGCGGCCGCGUGGCCUACCGCCGGGGCGGCGUCGGUUCCGUGGCGGGCCGCCUCGUCGACGUCGACGGCGCGGACGAGGUGCCGUCUUGGUAG